AUGAAUUUCGCUCCGUUCACGGGGCACAUUCCGUCGGGUACGGGAUUGCCGACCAUACAACAGUUUGCUGCAAAGUUCGGCUACGAGGGUGGGGGAAGUGUGGUUAACAGUGGGAGUAUGGUGCAGGAAAGAAGUUAUCAGGCUCCCGGCGUUCAGUUCACUGUAUCUCCUGGUGGGGCCGUAGCUGUGGACGGAAUGAAGUUCCGACAAGGAGAAAGUGUGGUCGUCAUGAGCAACCCACAACCGGGAGCCGUCACACUUGCUGGGAUCGGAACUAUGCCGACUGGUGUAAAAUACCAAACCAUACCUUCGUCAUCAACAGUUAACGUCGGAAAUAUUGCUUACACCGGGCAGUAUAUUACUGAAGAACACCUUAAAGAGAGAGACAAACGGGAAUAUCGUGAGGAGUUGCAGCAAGAUAUCAUGGCUACUAUGAUGCAACAGCAGCAAGUAACCCAAGCACCGCUCCAGCAAGGAACUCAGCAGCUCCUCGUUGUUCUGCAUGAGCCAAAAGAGGCAGCCGCCCUCGCCCGCGCACUUAAGCAGGAUGUUCGCCAAGAUCGGACUGUUUCUGCUGCUCCAGCUGAGUUUAUCAGUAUCAGCGAUAUGUCAGAUGGAACCUGGCAAACAAUAGGAAGUGGAGUGGCGGACUACUUAGCAGCUUUACCUCUGCCAUUGCAUCAUCUACUAAAGUACUCUACACCUGAUAAGAGAGAUGAAACAAACAUCGUAGCUACUGCGACUGCUCCUACUAUUGCCACUUUGUCACAGAUCGCUCCAAAUAAUGAGCACAGCGUGGUUGUACAGAAUACAAAUAUAGUUCACACUGUGACCACGCACACGCAAGGAACGAAUACGGUCGAUUCCAACUCACUCUACUACAGUAACGGAAGAAAGAAGAAAAAAAAGAAAGAUAUUCAAGUUAAGAAGCCCAGACCGAAGCCUGGGGAGAUACGGAUAACGACCGCUCUAGAUGGCAGCACGCUGUAUUGCUGCCCGGAGUGUCACAUGGCGUACCCUGAACGAGACCUCGUUGAUCAACACCUUGUGGGACAUACUAUGGAGAGAAAGUUUAUCUGUGACAUUUGCAACGCGGCACUAAAACGCAAGGAUCAUUUAACGCGCCACAAGCAAUCUCACAACGCGGAGAGGCCUCACGUCUGCUCGGUUUGUCUGAAGGCCUUCAAACGGAAAGAACAGCUGACUCUACACUUCAUCAUACAUUCAGGCGAAAAACGACACAUCUGCAACGAAUGUGGGAAAGGUUUCUACCGUAAGGACCACUUACGAAAACACACGCGUUCACACAUCGCUCGCCGAGUAAAGGCGGAGUUAUCACAAGAAACAACCACGCCACCUCUCUCACAGGUUGCGCCGGCGCCUCCUUUAGAGCCGUCUUGA